UUCGGGUAAUAUCCAUACUCUAUCCGGUUAAUUUCUACCCAUGAAAAAUCAGGUAUUACCCGAAACAUUUGGAUCGGGUAGGGUUGGAUAUCCAUUACCCAAUAGGUAUGGCCAUCCCUACACCCGCUACAAGUUUAUGGGUCAUCUUUACCAAGCUUUGAUCCAGAAAGGCAUUGUCACCUUUAAGGAUGGUGAAAAACUUGAGAGAGGAAAAUCCAUUUCACCAGAGCUAAUGAAAGUGAUAGAAGAAUCAAAAUUUGCUAUAGUCAUUCUCUCAGAAAACUAUGCAUCUUCAAUUUGGUGCUUAGAUGAACUUGCAAAGAUCAUUCAUUGUAAAAAUGAGACAGGAAUGAUAGUUCUACCUGUUUUUCAUUAUGUGGAACCAUCCGAUGUACGAAAACAAAUGGGAACUUUUGAGCAGACAUUUGUUAAACAUGAAGAAAAGGAGAACAAAGAGAGGGUUGAGAAAUGGAAAGAUGCUUUGACACAAGUGGGCAACCUCGCCGGAUGGUAUUUAAAGGAAGAUUGCUCUGAGAUAGAAAACAUCAAAGACAUUGUGGGAUGGAUCUCUUCACUUGAAGUAUGAUGCAUUACCAUACAUUGCCAAAGACCUAGUAGGAAUAUACUCUCAAAUGGAGGAAUUGGAGUCAUGUUUAGCUUUAGGGUCAAAUGAUGUUCGCUUUAUAGGGAUUUGGGGGAUGGGGGGAAUAGGCAAGACAGCUCUUGCUAGAGUUGUUUAUUAUAUGGUUUCUAUUAAAUUUGAAGCUUGUAGUUUUAUUGAGGAUGUUAGGGAAAAAUCUGAAAGAGAUGGUUUAGUUGGACUGCAACAGAAACUUAUUUCUAAUAUUUUGAUGGAAACAGAUUUGAAAAUUGGAGAUAAGUAUGAUGGAGUUAUCAAGAUUAGGAAGAGGUUAUGUUGUAAAAGGAUUCUUCUUGUCCUUGAUGAUGUAGAUAAAUUGGACCAGUUGAAAUUCUUAGUUGGGGAGCAUGAUUGGUUUGGUCCGGGAAGUAGAAUUAUCAUAACAACAAGAGAUGAGCAUGUGUUGAUAGCACAUAAUGUAAAGGAAAUAUAUGAAGUUAAUGGAUUGAAUCAUGAACAUUCUCUUCUACUAUUUUUAUCAAAAGCGUUUAAAAACAAACAUGUCCCAGAUGAUUAUUUAGAGCUGUCUGACCAUUUUUUGGACUAUGCUAGUGGCCUUCCAUUAGCUCUUGAGGUUUUAGGUUCAUUUUUGGUUGGAAAAAGUAUUGUUGAAUGGGAAAGUGCAUUAGAGAGGCUCAAAGAAUUUCCUGAGGAUACUGUUCUCCAAGUACUUAAAAUAAGUUUUAAUGGACUCCGUGACAAAGUGAAGGAAAUAUUCCUACAUAUUGCAUGCUUCUUUAGCCAUUGGGGGGAAGAUUAUGUAUUAGAAAUACUAGAUAGCCUUGGCCUUUACCCUAUCAUUGGAUUGAAGGAACUCACUAAUAAAUCUCUCUUGAAAAUUAUGGAUGAGGAUAUAGUGUGGAUGCAUGAUUUACUAGAAGAAAUGGGUAGAGACAUGGUUCGUCAUGAGUGCCUUGAUGAUCCUGGGAAGCGUAGUAGAUUGUGGCGUUAUGAGGACAUUGAAAAUGUGUUGAAAAAUAAUAAGGUAAGGGGUUAUUUAGAGAAUUUGAGCUCAUUCCCUACCUUCUUGUUCAACAAAUUUAAUAUUUAAAUAUUUAUGCUAAUAAGAUAUUUCACAAUUCUCCAAUUCCUUCUUGAUUAUUAGGGAAUAGAAGAAGUUCAAGCCAUGCAUAUUUUGCGUAGUUAUGAUGAUGAUGAAGAUGAAGAUGAAGUAAAAGAGAAAUGUUGGAGCCCUAAGGCCAUUUCGCAGAUGUACAAUCUUAAAUAUCUUAGAAUUGGUGGUAUUUUCCAUGACCCUUAAUAUCUUCCAAAUUCUUUAAGAGUUCUUUGUUGGAAGUAUUAUCCUUCAAAUUCUCUACCAUCAACUGUCCAGCUAGAUGAGCUUGUUAUGCUUUGUUUGCCACGGAGCAAAAUUGAACAACUUUGGAUAGGAAUAAAGGUAAUUGUGUUAUUAAGUAUCCUCACAACUUUGCAUUUAAAUUUCAAUAAAUCAAACACUAGGAAACUCAUCGACUUGACUUCUUUUUUUUCCUUAAAAUAGAAUUUUGACAAGAUGAAGUUCAUCGACCUGUCAGAAUCGAGCCUGAUUAGAUCCCCAAACUUCACUGGGGUCCCAAAUCUUAAGAAAUUAAAUCUUUCAUAUUGUCAAAAUUUACGUGAGCUUCACCCAUCCAUUGGAAUUCUUAAAAAGCUUGUUCUUCUUCAUCUAGAAUCUUGCAAAAAUCUUAUGUGUCUUCCUGACACCAUUUGUAAUUUGAAAUCACUAGAAUGUUUUGAUCUUUCUUGGUGCUCAAAUAUUGACAACUUGCCAGAAAACCUAGGGAAUCUCAAAGGUCUCAAGAAACUUAAUUUGAGUGGAACAGCUAUAAAAGAGCUGCCUUCAUCAAUUGAAGGUUUAGCAACCCUUACUUUUUUGACUCUUGGAUCU